AUGGAAGAAAAGACGAAAGGUGUGACGUCAGAGCACGAAACAUCAGAGAGUGACGACUCUGGGAGCCCAGAUUACGUCUCAGAGGGUGGAGAAGGGCAGUUUAGGUCUCCGAAAUAUAGGAACAAGAUCCUAUCGGAGCCAGAACCGCCAACAAAUAAAUCGUUGGAGGGGGAGGUGGACCAAAUCCUCCAAGAAGAGAAUCAACUGAUGGAGGCACUGCAAACUAAACAGGCCGCCAUCAGUAAAUUUGAAGAAAGCCUGAAAAAACUAAAGGAGGAAAUAGAGCCACUCCUCAGUCAACUUAAGCUUAAGCAGGAAGCGCGCCGGCAGCAAGUGGCAGCGCAACGCCAACUGCAACAAAAACAACAACCACAGCAGCAAAAACAACCACCACCCAAGCACGCUCCCAAAAACACAGGAGCGGAGCAAAAUAAAAAGAAGCCAGCAGCAGCGACAGGCCCAAUUGCUGAGGGCCCAUCGACGUCGGCUAAGGCCAAACAGCAGCAACAACAACAGUAUUAUUCUAUAAUUUUAAAGAAAAUCAAAUCAAUUUGUAAUAAAUUGUCGAAACGAAAACGAGUUCGCCUUGAAGAGGCAGCUAGACAAUUGGAUGAUGAACGAAUGGAUGAGUUUUUUCCUGCCAGCAAUGAUGACAGUAGCAAUGAAGAAGACACCGACGAAAAUGUUCCUGAAAAUGAUGUGGAGCAGCAACAAUUAUAG